UCAUUACUGUGGCGCAAUGUGGAGUCAGCGUAUCAACUUUACAGAGAUAGAGCUGCAGAUUCAACAGGAGUGGCGGAAAAAGUUUUUUACAGUGUUUUGUAAGGGAAAGGAGGGCCGAGCUCAAGGGAGGCUGAUAUUUGGGAAUUCUGAUGAUGAAAUAUGUGGAGUCGUCUCGAAAAAGGGGUCAUGAAUACCUGAACGCAAAAAAACUCUGAGCUGGAGGAUAGUUUGUGAUUCGCCUUGUAGCCUACGAGUGAUCGGACACGUCUGGAGGAGUAACUAGCACAAGCCGAAGUUUCGCUAAACACCCAAAUUCUAGCAAUCCACGAUGGCGGUAUGGGAAGUCAGUCCAUGCCUCUUAUUCAUCACAACUCUUCUGCUUGGACUGUCUUCCGCCCAGUAUCACGGAGAGAUGGGUAUCUCCGUCCCGGAGCAUGGGUUCUGCCAACCCAUAUCCAUCCCCCUGUGCACUGACAUCCAAUAUAACCAAACUAUCAUGCCAAACCUCCUGGGACACACCAACCAGGAGGAUGCAGGAUUGGAGGUGCACCAGUUCUACCCCCUGGUCAAAGUUCAGUGUUCUCAAGAUUUGAAGUUUUUCCUCUGUUCCAUGUAUGCGCCAGUGUGUACAGUUCUAGAACAGGCAAUACCCCCCUGUCGCUCUUUGUGUGAGCGUGCAAGACUAGGGUGUGAGGCCCUCAUGAACAAGUUCGGUUUCCAGUGGCCCGAACGACUCCGUUGUGAGAACUUUCCCGUACACGGAGCUGGAGAGAUCUGUGUGGGACAGAAUAAAUCAGACCCCGACAUCCCAACGACGGACCCCACGCCAUAUAUACCAGAGCCGUUCACUCCACGCAUGCAUCCGUCACACCAAAGUCAGGCUUUCACUUGCCCUCUUCAACUCACAGUCCCUUCCUACCUCAAUUACCAGUUCUUGGGGGCGAAAAACUGUGGCGCCCCUUGUGAACACAAACAGCCACAUGGUGUGAUGUACUUUAAAGAGGAAGAGAUCAGAUUUGGCCGGCUCUGGGUGGGAAUAUGGUCUAUCCUGUGCUGUGUGAGUACCCUGUUCACGGUCCUCACAUACCUUGUGGAUAUGCGCCGGUUCCGUUACCCGGAACGCCCCAUCAUCUUCCUCUCUGGGUGUUACUUUAUGGUGGCGGUGGCUUAUGCAGCCGGGUUUUUGCUGGAGGAUAAAGUGGUCUGCAUUGACAAGUUCAGGGAUGAUGCUUAUAGAACUGUGGCUCAAGGGACUAAAAAGGAGGGCUGCACCAUUCUCUUCAUGAUCCUGUAUUUCUUCGGCAUGGCCAGCUCAAUCUGGUGGGUGAUCCUGUCUCUCACGUGGUUCCUUUCUGCUGGAAUGAAAUGGGGCCAUGAAGCUAUCGAAGCCAACUCUCAAUAUUUCCACCUGGCAGCAUGGGCCGUCCCCGCUGUGAAGACCAUCACCAUCCUCGCCUUGGGACAUGUGGAUGGCGAUCUUCUGACCGGCGUAUGCUAUGUCGGCAUCUACAAUACUGACGCCCUACGUGGAUUCGUCCUCGGCCCCCUCUUCGUUUACCUCUUCAUUGGAACGUCUUUCCUUCUGGCAGGAUUUGUCUCACUGUUCCGCAUCCGUACCAUUAUGAAGCAUGACGGCACCAAGACAGAAAAGCUGGAGAAGCUGAUGGUGCGUAUCGGCGUAUUCAGCGUCCUCUACACUGUUCCAGCUACCAUCGUCAUCGCGUGUUACUUCUACGAACAAGCGUUCCGUGAACAAUGGGAAAAAACCUGGCACAUGCAGACGUGCAAGCGCUUUGCCGUGCCAUGCCCGGCCAACAACUUUGCACCAAUGACACCAGAUUUCACUGUGUUUAUGAUUAAGUACCUCAUGACAAUGAUCGUAGGAAUCACGUCAGGAUUCUGGAUCUGGUCUGGAAAAACUCUACAGUCAUGGCGCAGGUUUUACAAGCGGCUGGGCAACAACCAGGGUGAGACGACAGUGUAAACUGAACUUUGUGGACUGUAUGCGAGAAAUACAGGUCAAUAUUGAAAGGAAAUGUGAACUCCAGUCAGGUCACACAUACUAUGCUGAACCAUGCUCAUGGUAGACGACACUGCUGUGUGAGCCCAGCAUGAUGCUUUUCCAACACUUUUGAAAGCACAACUCCAAAGAACAUGCAUUUUUCCAAUUGACAAUCUCAAAAUGCUUUUUAAACGUUAAGCCUUGGAAACCCUACUAAUGAUUUCAUUGAAAAAGAUGGCAGAACUCUCAUCUUCCAUACUGAUGUGUGGACUUAAAUGAUGACUUUUGUUAUCAGGAGUAUACGCUACCAUGGCAGCCAAAAAUGUCUGCAAUUUAGUCUUGUGCCUUGCAGUACUGAUAAAUUCCCAUUGUUGGAUGAAUGUCUCUUUUGUUUUUUUUUUACCACAUUUUUGGUCAUUUUCUCAUAGAUUACAUAUUUUAGUAUUUUAGUUGCACAUGGCCAUUUAUUUAGAUUUUAGAACCAGUUCAGUUUAAUGUUCAUGAGUGGUCUCAUCGAGUAAUUUAAUAUUCUGCCAUUUUAAAGGCCUUGCGAUGUGAAAGAGACUCACAGGAUCAUAAAUGUUUAGCGGAGAAGUCCGUAUAGGAGGAAAUGUCACCAUGUUUCAUAAUUUGUAAAUAUCACAUUUCUGUCAAAAGAUGUAUGAUGUAUUUAAGCAGAUUAAUUUUGUUUAAGGGCUUUUUCAGUUUCACUUAAUAAAGUGAUUUGAUUUUUUAAA